UUUUACUCRCUGUCACAGUUGGGUUUCACUGGUGGAACCCAAAGUUCAGACAAAWCUUGAGCGACUGCAAAAAUAAAUUGAUUUAUUUCAACAAAAGACAAACUAACAAAAAAAAACAUGCUAAUGAAGUCAUUUUUAAAAGUCUAUUAGUUUAAAUAUGUCACAGGGUAAGGCUUUUACUUACUGAGGUCAAAUUUGUUGUGAUGUGAUUUAAUUAGAGUUUUAUAUUUGAUAAAACACUGUGAUGUGUCACCAUAACUACACUUUUUUAAUGAAUGAACUGCUCUGAUUUAUUUGGGAGUUGAAACAGAAGUUUACAGCAGAAGUGCGCCGCAGCUCWUUAAGCAGAUUACUCAUCUCCAAGAAUCAUGUGAGCAACAUUCCCUCUCAAUAAUAAACCAUGGUUAAAACCUAAUAAAGCACUGUUACCACCCCAGGUAUCCCACUUCAGUAAAAUUAGGCGUUUAUUGUUGGUGUUCUGGGUCAAAGUCUUAGCAGAGAGCAUCUGAGUGUAGCAGGACAGGACGUGAAGCUCUGGUGUUCAGAGUGUUGAAGCUGGUCUCCAUGGCUGGGACGCUGCAGUCCUUAUGGCUUUUCUUCAUGAUUCUCUGCUUUCUGGGAGAGACAAAGGACAAUAAACAGCUAACACAGCCUCGUAUGCAGUCAGAUAAUGGCCACCUUGUUUUCACACCUGGGGACAGCAAAGACAUCCGCUUCCAGCCUUCAGCGUCGGGUCGAGUCAAAGUAGGGGAUGAAGACCUCUCACAACUUCUGGGUCAGAUCAAAACCAACAAAGAAGACAUUGAUAACAUUAAGACUCAUGGAGGAGGAGUUCCACCUGACAUCACCAACAAGCUUAACCAACUGGAUACUAAGGUGUCAACACUGGAGGGUGAAGUGACUGAACUUCAACAGACAGUUCAGAGGAGCUCCUGCAACAGUAACCCCUGCCAGAAUGGAGGAACAUGUCUGAACUUAUUAAACUCAUUCCACUGUUUGUGUCCCAACAACUGGGCUGGCCCUAACUGUGCCACAGAUGUAAAUGAAUGUCAGGUGUAUUCAGGAACACUGCAGAGUUGUCAGAAUGGGGCAACUUGUGUCAACACUGCUGGAUCUUUCACAUGUACUUGUUCUCCAGAAUGGUCCGGGACUCUCUGCACAGAGCGAUACGAUGACUGUAGGAAUGCAGGACCGAACCUGUGUGUACAUGGUUUAUGUAUUGAUGCAGAUCGCGUUGUACCUGGACAGCCAAAAUACCAGUGCAUUUGUGAGAGUGGAUGGGAGGCUCCAGCUGGAAACCCAGCGUGUGUGUCUGAUGUUGAUGAGUGUAACCUCCCCACCAAGCCUUGCUCAGCCAACCCCCCUGUUCCCUGCUACAACACCCAGGGUUCCUUCUACUGUGGAGCCUGUCCUGCUGGUUGGCAAGGCAAUGGCUACAGCUGUCAGGAUGUGGAUGAGUGUUUGACAAAUAAUGGAGGCUGCUCUGUCGCUCCACUGGUUCAGUGUAUGAAUACUAUGGGUUCUUUCCACUGUGGUCCCUGCCCUCCAGGUUAUGAGGGUGAUGGGAGAACAUGCACACAAUCAGACAUCUGCUCAUCCAAUAAUGGAGGCUGUUAUCCAUCGGCUAGCUGCUCCUCUAACCCAGGUUCAAGCUUCCCUGUUUGCACCUGCCCAGCAGGAUACACUGGCAAUGGUUAUGGCCUGACAGGUUGCACACAGAUAAGUCAGAUCUGUCAGACCAACAACCCCUGUGUCAAUGGACAGUGUGUGAGCACCACAUCGCCCCCUGGAUACUUCUGCAACUGCAACUCUGGCUGGCAAGGACUUCACUGCGACCAGAAUAUUGACGAAUGUUCAAGCAACCCCUGCCAAAAUGGAGGAACCUGCACUGACGGCAUUAAUGGAUUCACAUGUACCUGCACUGCCCAGUGGACCGGUCCACUCUGCCAGACUCCACAGCAAGUAUGUGGAGGUCAACUGACAGGUCCUGCUGGUUCGUUCAGCUAUCCCAACACUCCAGGUCAUGAUGAUUAUGAUCACCUGGUCAGCUGUGCCUGGGUGAUAACCACCGACCACAACAAGAUUCUUCGGAUCACCUUUCCUUUUUUCGACCUGGAGAGCAGCWCAAACUGCAACUUUGACUUCCUCCAGAUCCACGACGGCAACAGUGCCUCUGCUUACAUGAUUGGGAAAUACUGCGGUCAAAACAACCCUGCAGAACUGUUCAGCUCGCACAAUUCCUUGUACUUUUGGUUUCGCUCUGACCACUCUGUCAGCGGCGGCGGCUUCACGGUAGCUUGGCAGUCACAGGACCCAGUUUGUGGUGGUGAACUGACCGAGUCAUACGGYAACAUAAACUCCCCUGGCUACCCCGGCAACUACCCGCCCAGCAGGGACUGCUACUGGACCGUGACAGUGGAACCUGGCCUCCUCAUCACGUUUGCUUUUGGAACUUUAAGUCUUGAAAACCACCCAAACUGCAACUUUGACUUCUUAGAGAUCCGUGACGGUCUUCUACCUGAAGACCCAGUUCUUGGGAAGUUCUGCAACACCGGAUCGCCACCCCCCUUACAAACAACUGGCCCAAUGGCAUGGAUCCACUUCCAUUCUGAUUCARUUAUAACUGACAGAGGCUUCCACAUCACAUACACAACAUCACCAAGUGAUCCUGGUUGUGGUGGUACAUUUACCGACACUGAAGGCAUCAUAAUUUCACCCAACUGGCCCAAUAACUACGCCCACAACCGCCAGUGCAUCUAUCUGAUUAGGCUGCCGGCGGGAGAAAAGGUGUCCCUCAACUUCACUCACAUGGAUCUAGAGACUCACAGUGGCUGUGCCUUCGACUAUGUGGAGAUACGUGAUGGGAGACUGGAAAGUGACCCUCUGAUAGGGAAGUAUUGYGGAAACACCCUCCCAGCUCCCAUUGUCUCAUCGUCCAGCUCUCUGUGGAUACGUUUCAAAUCUGACAGUUCGGUCAGUCGAGCUGGUUUCAGAGCUGUCUACACUGUUGCCUGUGGAGGUAUUUUAUCUGGGACGGGACAGUUGCGCUCUCCCUACCACCCGAACCCGUAUCCCCACAACAAGGUCUGCGAGUGGGUCAUUAACCAACCGGAGGGCUACGUGGUCACGCUCAGCUUCCUCACGUUUGACGUUGAGGGGGGCUCCUGCAGCUUUGACUUUGUUGAG